CACACACAUCACAAACGCGAGCUCGGCAGCCAUGGCGCCACCUCCACUCCCCCUCUUCUCCCCGUCCCCGAAGCAGCCGCCGCCGCCGCCGUGGCUCCACGGCCCCAAAGCCCCCGCCACCGUGACCCCUCCGCACCCUUCAGAGGCCCCUUCGAGUUCGAAGCCGCAGCGGCAAAGAGAAACCAGCUCCACCCCCAACCCCCUCAGCGCCGGCGUCCCCGGCGGCCGCACCCGCCGCGCCGUGCUCGGGAUCAUCCGCCGGGUCCGCUCCCUGGAGCUCUCCGACCCGCCAAGCCCGAGGCCCAGACCCAGCACCCGCGGCGCCGUCCCCUUGUUCCACCUCCCGGUCGAGGAAGACCGGGGAGGGGAGGCGGGGGGAGAUGAGAAGGGGAGGCCGGUCCCGUGGUCCGCGGCGAGGGAAGAGGGCCUCAAGGCCGCGCUGCGGCGGCAGAAGAAGGCGCGGGAGCCCACGCCCGCGGAGCAGCUGCUGGACCCCGCCGAGCUGGAGCGGCUGCGGCGGGCGGCGCGCGGGGUGGCGGACGGGUGGGUGCGGGCCAAGAAGGCCGGGGUGACGGACGAGGUGGUGGAGGACGUGCGCAGGGUCUGGUCCGGCGGCCAGGAGCUCGCCGCCGUCCGGGUCGUCGAGCCGCUCCGGCGGUGCAUGGACAGAGCCAGGGAGAUCCUUGAGAUAAAAUCAGGAGGUUUAGUUGUUUGGACAAAAGGAGACAUUCAUUUUGUCUACAGAGGAAGUAAUUAUCAAGAAAACACAAAACAUCGUCACAAGUCCAUAGCUGAUAUUCAGAGAGUUUCCCCUGAAAAAUGUACUGUGCCUGAACCCCAAUGGAAACACGAAAGCAACACCGAGCCUUCAACAAAUUAUAGUGGUGAUGUUCAUGGUAUUUUCCGAGAGAUUGAUCCAAGCAUUGCUGUUCAUGCAUAUGAAGAACCUGUCAAAGGAACACUCUAUGAGAGAGAAGUCAACAGACUGUUGGACAGCUUGGGCCCUCGGUUUGUAGAUUGGUGGUGGAAUACGCCAUUGCCUGUGGAUGCUGAUCUCCUUCCAGAAGUUGUUCCAGGCUUCAAAACUCCAUUUAGACAAUGCCCUCCUGGUGUGAGACCGACGCUAGCAGAUGAUGAGCUGACAUACCUGCGCAAUCUUGCACGUCCUUUACCCACACAUUUUGCCCUAGGUAGAAAUACAAGACUGCAAGGUUUGGCAGCUGCUGUGCUAAAGCUUUGGGAAAAGAGCCUUAUAGCGAAGAUUGCAGUGAAAGUGGGUAUCCAGAAUACCAAUAAUGAGCAAAUGGCAUGGAAUCUUAAGCAUCUUACUGGAGGAACUAUCAUAUUGAGAAACAAGGAUUUCAUUAUUCUAUAUAGAGGCAAGGAUUUUCUUCCUCGUGGAGUUAAACAAUGUGUUAUUAAGCAAGAGGCUCGGGUAGAUGCCCAGCAGGUGAAGGAAGAAGAAGCCCGAUUAACUGUGAUAGACUCACUUCAGAUGUUCACUGGUUUACCAUCUGAGGGAACUUCUGCGGGAACUUUCAGAGAAUAUCUGGAUUUCCAGCUUAACCAUGUGCAGGAAACAACUGAAAACAACUUGGGCAUGGUAGAACUAGAGGCCGAGAAGCAUAGACUCGAGAAGGAGCUGAAAGACCUGCAACGGAGACUUUCCAUUCUUAUGAAGAAGAUCGAAAGAUCCAACGAAGCGCUUGCGAAACUUCAUAGUUCUUGGAACCCUUCAGAGCAAUCUGCAGAUAAAGAACUCUUGACAGAGGAGGAAAGAAUGGUAUUCCGAAAGAUUGGCCUAAAAAUGGAUGAGCAUGUGCUCCUUGGAAGACGUGGUAUCUUUGACGGUGUAAUUGAAGAGAUUCAUCAACACUGGAAACAUAAAGAGAUUGUGAAAGUAAUUACCAAGCAGAAUCAAGCUUACCAAAUAACAUACACAUCAAUGCUGCUUGAGGUUGAGACAGGAGGAAUGCUAAUAGCAACACAAAAGCUCACAAAUAGCCAUGCCAUAAUACUUUACCGUGGAAAGAAUUAUCAUCGCCCAACAAAAUCAUCACCCAGUAAUCUCCUGACAAAGAGAGAGGCAUUACGAAGAUCAGUUGAGGUUCAACGACGAGGGUCAAUGAAAUACUACGUUUGGGAGAGACAAAAGUCUAUUGAGGAUUUGCAAUGGAGACUGGCAAAUGUGAUAAGGAAAAUCAGGGAACUAACCGUAUGAUUCAUGGAGAUUGUUGGUAGUAUGCAAAUGAUAUUUUUGAUAGUCUUCCUAUCUAGCUUAUCAUUUUUUUGUCUCAGUGCGUUGGAUGAAUUUGUACAGCCUGUAAUAAAUACAGUCGUAUGAUUUUCUGCUAAUGUAUAUAUAAUAGAUACAUGAGCUACAGCCUGUAACAAAUACUGUUGUAUGUAUAUAUACAUGAUACAGGAGCUACGGCCUGUAACAAAUACAUUUGUAUGUAUAUAUACUAGAUACAGGAGCUACAGCCUGUAAUAAAUACAAUUCUAUGUA